CGCCUCCAGACCAGUUUCCGCCCUUCUGAGAGAAAAUACUCCGCCUGCGAUUCAUCGACGACAGCAGGAAAGUUUAAAUAUAGCCUACAAAAAGAAUACAAUCGGAUUUAUUAACUUCUGCAUUAACGCGAAUUCUACGCUGGAAAACCGGAUAGAGGUCGGUCGCAGUAGUCAGGAGAUGGUUGAAAUGAGGAUGAGCUGAACUCGAGCUGGCACAGUUACGGUCCCUCCGCUGAAGGCUCGAAGAAACCAUCUAAUUCCUUAUCUAAGUGGUAAAAUUAUUACGAGAACAGUUUACAUGUUCAAAUAGUAUCUAUUGUCAUGCCUCAACACGACCCCAAGAGGGCAUCCCUUUCCCAUGAAAUAAGUGACUAAAUCAAAACAUUGUUCAUUAUGUUCUUUAGUUUUUCAAAUGCAUUUUCUGUUAUUUCUGCGGGGCUACCUGGAGGUUUUGGCAUUGUGCUCGUAUAUACGACGUUCCCAAACACUUCUAUAUCAGGAGUGAACUGGAUAGCCUACAUAAUUAUGAAAACGUUGCUUUAGUCCAUAGGACUCGUCACGUUCAAUCUUGAGCAAACUCUGCCCUCGUGGUUCCGCUGAUGAAUUACAGCGGAGUAUAUUUUCACUGGUACAUGUGAAGCAGAUGGAUAGGAGCUACCCCUCUUUAUGUAUAUUCACCUGGGGAAAUGUAGCCCGUAGUCUGUUGUAAUCUCUCAAAAGAUCAACCAAUUUUUUGGGGAGCAAAAAACUUGACAUUUUAAUAGAUGGGUUAGCUGGACAUGAACAAUGUGCAUGAUUCUAUGGGGGCAGAAGUCAGCGUCUUGUGGUUCUGGAUGACCAGAUUGCUCGCCAGAAUGAGAAGUGCCAUGUAGGGAAUCGUAAGUGGCUCAUUUUCUUGAUACCAUGUCUUGUUUUGACAGAUUUCAUGUCAAUGCUAUGGCCCAAAUUCGCACGCUAACCAACAACUUUAACGAUGUAUUUGAUAGACAAUUGCUCAUUGUGCACAUGUAUUUCUGUUUUUAAUAAACAUUGAAUUCGAAAUACAGUUUACAUGUUGUCAGCAAUGUAAAGCCAAACCCGUGUGUUUUGCCCUAUAGUUGUGUAAGCGUUGAUUUUGUUGCUAAACAACCAACCAUUCUCUACCUGCGAGUUUUGAUUUGUUUACUUACGCUGCACUGGUGGUUUCUUGAGGAAUUACAAGUUUCGCAAGUGAGGUGAGUGCAGUAUUACUAUUUACUAGUGCCUAUGGAAAUACACUCCGUUGUAACGACUAAAAGGAAACAAGUUUGAACAAUGUUUGAAGUCAUCGAGAUAUUCAGUCACAUAUGAAUUGUAGUCGAUUGCUGAUCAUUUGCAAGGGAGAAACGUACAAAUUAUUCAAGUUUUGCAUAAUAAACCCUGCCGUUUUAUUUGCAGAUUGUCACAGCUUCACCAUGGCUCGCGGCUGCCUCUGCUGUGUCAAAUACAUGUUGUUCCUCUUCAACCUGCUCUUCUGGUUGGGGGGCUGUGGUUUGUUGGGUGUGGGGGUGUGGUUGUCUGUGUCUCAGGGCAGCUUUGCCACCCUAUCACCAUCCUUCCCCUCCAUCUCUGCUGCCAACCUCAUCAUCACCCUGGGUGCUGUCAUCAUGGUUACAGGCUUCCUGGGUUGCCUGGGUGCCAUCAAGGAGAACAAGUGUUUGCUGCUGAGUUUUUUCAUCACGUUGUUGGUUAUUCUGUUGGCGGAGCUGAUCCUUCUCAUCCUGUUCUUCGUAUACACAGGCAAUGUGAGUGAUAACGCCAGACAGGACCUGCAAGAGGGACUUGCUCUGUACAGCACCAACAACAACGCUGGCCUCCGCAACGCCUGGAACAUCAUACAGACAGAGUGGCAUUGUUGUGGGGUGAAUGGGUACACAGACUGGCACACUGCCCUGCAGGAGAAGGUGGUUCCUGACCACUGCUGUCAGGAUAUCUACCAGGACUGUGGGCGCAAUGCCACCAACCAGUUCUGGACACGGGGUUGCUAUGAGAAGGUGGAGGAGUGGCUGGAUGACAAUAAACACCUGCUGGGAACCAUCGCCAUGUGUGUUCUGGUCAUACAGCUCCUGGGUAUGGCCUUCUCCAUGACUUUGUACCAGCAGAUCCACCGAUCCGGGAAGAAGUACGAAGCUUAGAACACACACACAGAGUUUGAGGCCCAUUACUUUUAUAUAAAAUUAUACUCUAAAAAGGCACAAACUUGCACACACACAAGCCACAAAACUACUUAUUUUAGUGUUUAUAUUUACACACCCAUGUAUAAUUUUGUGCACAAAGGCAAUUUUUAUGUUUUUUGAGGAUCAUCUUUAUCAUUAUAAUGUUCUUGGCCGGGAUUGAAUCGCAGUCUGAUUGAAUCGCAGUCUGAUAGAAUCGCAGUCUGAUAGAAUCGCAGUCUGAUAGAAUCGCAGUCUGAUAGAAUCGCAGUCUGAUUGAAUCCCAGUCUGAUUGAAUCCCAGUCUGAUUGAAUCCCUGUCUGAUUGAAUCCCAGUCUGAUUGAAUCCCAGUCUGAUUGAAUCCCAGCCCUAGUUCAGUUAUGGUGGGACUAAGGGUGGGUGAGGAAGGCGGGUUGGAUUGUGUGUAUGUGGGUGUAGGGACAUCCCUCGGUCAUCCAGAAUAGAAUGAAUGUCUUGAACACAAAAAAGAGUAGAGGGACAGAGGUUUGGUUUCAUGCCUUAGAAAUCCUUAAACGGAUUAGUUAUAUUGUAUGGAUGCAUUAUUGGAAAACCAGUUACUGAGAUGUGUUCAAUAAAAGUUAAGCUUAUUCUGUCAAA